AUGCCUACUCCCCCAAGGUUAAUCGAAAUAGGUGUUGAUCCCUUUGAUUUGUCUACAACACUUGAGUCGGAUCAUAAAUACAAUUUCUUGAAACACGCCGACCCGGGAGAGGAAAUUACAGUUCCAGGAUCGUCGACGAAGUAUUGGCUUCCUGAAAAUUUCGAGAAACACGAGACGGGAUCAGAGACAGUGAAUCAGAGCCUUAAGUGUCGGACUGGAACAGAACUUGCCAAUGAAUUGCAAGUCAAUUCAAAAGUUUCUGCUAAUUAUUUCGGAUUCUCCGCCGAAGCUAGCGCGGGGUACGAAUAUAGCACAAAUUUUAAAAGUACAAGCUUGUAUGCAAUAUACAGUCUCGACCAGAAGAAUUACUCUAUCAAUGUAAUCAACAAGCAGACGAUAUACGAUUCAGUGGAAGAUGAGUUCAUUGACGCAGCCGCUAAGCUCCCAGCUUGGAAGACAAUAUCUAAGGAUCUCAAAGAUUUCGAUGAAGUGACCAGCAUCUACAAUUCGUAUGCCAAAUUUUAUUCUAGAUACGGAUCUCAUUUGAUACAAGAAGCGUAUAUGGGCACACGGUACCAGCUUAAAGUCGAACAGAACGAAUCAACGGAAGAAGAUGAAGAACAAUUCUCAACAAACGUCAAAGCGGAGUAUCAAGGUGCAAUCGGAGUUUCCGUCAGCGUUGAUGCCAAAUAUACCGAGUCGUACAAACAUUAUACAUCACAACGACAAAGUGAUUGCAACGUUCUUGGAGGAGAUGCUGGAAAGGCUGACACGCUUGCCCAUCUAUCGCCAGAUGACACGGAUGCAUAUAAUGCAGCGUUCAAGGAGUGGCAAGAGAGUCGCGAAGAAGGCUCUACAGAUGCUCUCUUGCACAUACGCGUCAUGGAAAUUGGAAACUUCCUGAAAGACAGCUAUGUGAAAAGUCAAUUGGCAGUUGCUGAUCGUCUUUCCUCUGCCUGGUCUUAUUUUAAGGAUUUUUAUACCUUCCAGGGACGAAUAGGUGUUGUAGAUUUAUUCCAGGGCGGUGUGGUGAAAUUAGAGAUUACCCCUCUGCCCGGAUUGGAGAUCCGUGUUACUGGAACAGACAUUCUUACAGUAACUCAGACGAAAGCAAACAUGGUUGAAGUUACAGCCAAUGAGAUCUGUCUUGUGGAGCACCUUAACGUAACCAUAGUCGCUCCCGAUAGGCCAGUUCAGCUUCUGCUUAAACGAAAUUCGGUAAAUUACAUUUUGGAUACGCUUCAAUUAAACCAAUUAGGGCCCGACCACUUCCGAACGAAAUACAAAGGGUCUGAUGCAAGCCAAAAUUAG